AUGGUCAGCACCACCCCUCAAGAUCGAUUGAACCAAUUGUUCUCCAACCAAGCACUUCCGCCUGCUCCAACUCCCGGGCAACCUCAUUUCUCGGAAAAAGAGCUUGAACAGAAAGAGACGAAAGAGGAACGGCCCUGGAGUAUCCCCGAAGCCCCUCAACAUCCAAGAGAGAUUAAAUCACUGCGAAAGCAACAUCCGCAAAGAGAUGCUAGCAUUCUCACCAGCUCUGACGACGAUGACGAUUACGUCUCCGCCUUCAAGCAGAAGCCAUCCAUGAAGCCCGCCACGAAGACAUCACAGCCAAAACCGAGAGUCAUGCAUGAGCUCAAUUCAUCUGGGUAUCCGAAUGAGCCCGACGAUCCCAUUCAGUAUCUGGCUAAAGGCAAAUCCUCCAAACGCAAUCCCCCCAAAGAUGUGACAGAGCAUUCUGACUCAGACAAUGACGAGUUACCGACGGCGGACGGGGUAGGAAAUCCAGUCGCAGGUCAUUUCUGUCAGUUCAGCCUGGCUGCAAAGUUUCCAUACAAAUACAUGAACGAUGUCAAUGAUCGUGUCUCGCGCCAUUUCUUUGCAUCCAACAAAUUCUACAAUCGGACCUGGGACCUCCACUACCUUCAUCCUCCAUUCAGCUUGGGCGCGAAACCGAUCAUCCUCGUACCAUAUGCACAGGUCCAGCAGCUCAUUACAGAGAUCGGGCAAGCCUUCAAAAUCCCCGUGUCGGUUCCGAAAUUCCCGUUUACCCUCACGUUUUAUGAGGACGGUACCCCAAAACCUCAAUCUUUGGGCCAGUCAUGCUCAAAGGAGGAAGCACAGGAAAUGCAGAUUAGUGUGCCUAAUGCUCUGUCCAACCACGGUGAAUGUCCACCCGAUGCCUCACCUGGAGUCAGACAGCAGUUCGAGGACUUCAAGGACAAGUGUCGAGCUGCCAUUGCGGGAGGGAAGAGCACAGGUGGCCGAGCCAAAAAGAAGAGACAUGAUGACCGUCUACUUGCAGUAAGAGAUUGGUAUGCGCAGUUGCGAAGAGCUCAACGGUGCAUGGGCUUGCGUCGUAAGACUGGCCGAAUGAAACACCCAGACCCGGAAAUGCCAUGGGAUGAACAGGAGCAAUUCCGUCUGCAACAGUUGAAAGCCGCUUAUUUUGUUCUUGAUCCACUCGACCUCAACGCCCCAGCUCCAUUUCCCUUUGAGGCAGAUACUGUUAUCAUUGCGAUUGACGUUGAGGCAUAUGAACGAGACCACGACAUUAUUACAGAGAUUGGAAUCAGCACACUGGACACACUUGACCUUGUCAACAUCCCUCCGGGUCCAAAUGGCAAAAAUUGGAUGGAUCGUAUUCGCUCUCGUCAUUUCAGAAUCAGUGGCAGAGAGCACCUAGUUAACAAAGAUUUCUGUAUUGGAAAUCCCAACGCAUUCCAAUUUGGCAGGUCUGAAUGGGUCGACCUCAAAGAAGCCGUGGCCGAAGUGGACAGCUGCUUUGAGUGGCCCUUCUCUGUGGAGUACAUGCACGCCAGCCUGGUUGAUCCGUGGAGCUUUGAGCCAGCCAGCCCAGGUGAAGAGGAUAAGGUCUGCAAAGGAACUCAUCCCAACUCAGGAGGGGUAAGUGUGAGUCCGACAAAAGCCGAACAAGAUGCUGCAAACCAAGCAGCUGUCACCAGCGUCCUGAAUGGCAUCGGGGAUCAGGAAGCCAUUGAACGCGCCGUCGCGCUCGCCAAAGCCAACCAACAAAGCCCAGAAACUUUACAGCGUGGACCUAAACAGCGCAAUAUCAUUUUGGUCGGGCAUGAUGUUGGGACUGAUCUCGAACAUCUGAGAACACUAGGGUCCAAAAUCUUCACGUCUUCCCGUGGCACAUAUCCCGUUGCCGCCAUGGACAUGACGGCCAAUGAAGAGGGCUGUGCCAAAACCCUGGCAUCUAUCAUUGAUGCACUGGAUACAGCACCAUUAUAUCGGGUCCUGCAGGAAGAGACUCAGAACCGUAACCUUGCUUCGAUUAUGAAAGAUCUAGGCCUUCCAUGCUACUUCCCGCACAAUGGCGGAAACGAUGCACGGUACACGCUGGAAGCGCUGGUAGCCAUGCUCAUAAAGGCACGAUUGAAUCACGACAAGGAGCAGAAGAAAAGUGAAAACGCAGAAGUCGAAAAAAUCCGGAUGGGACAAGAGUUGGGACCUAGGGCAGGAUGCGAAUGA